UGUACUUUCUCCGCCACUACUCCACACAUCGCCAGAUCAGCAACAUCAGCAUCAGCAGCAGCGUCACCAUCACCAUCACCAUCACCAUCAGCACAGCACAGCAACAGCAACAGCAUCAUCAUUUGCAUUCAUCAUAUGAAACGUCACCAGUGUCACAUAACCAGUCAAACCCUCGCUCGUCUCCGCUGUCCGCCGGGGGCGGCAUCAGCAUCUGUGGAUCCGAGCCCAUGGUGCUGAGCCAGCGCAAGGGCUCGCCGACAUCGCUGCCGUCGUCGGCCACAAUUGGUGCUAGACAAGGCGAGUCUGCAGGCGAAUUCUACUCUCCCAUACCCUCAUCUGCCAUCGUCACGCCAGUCACUGGCUUGCGCGGCAAGCUGGAUAGUGGCAGUCCGGCCAUUGGCAUAGUGCUAAGCAUUCCAAGCGCUGUCACUGCUCAUAUUGCGUCGCGCCUGGGAUUUGACUGGGCUUGUAUUGAUGUGGAAAGCCAGACAUACUCGGCGAGCACAAUGGCGGAGAUGGUCGCUGCUAUUGGCAAUUCGGAGACAUGUACGUCGUUGGUGCGCGUGCCAGCGCAUUCGAGCGAGUGGAUCCGAUGGGCCGUGGAGGCCGGAGCACAGGGCAUUAUUGUCACCGGAGUGCAGAACAGAGAGCAGAUGCGGCAUCUCGUGGCAUUGUGCAAGAGCACAGCUUCUGCCGGGCGCUCUCAGCAGAAUCAGCGAAUGUCUGGUCGUCACCAUUACCAGCAGCAGCAGAAGAAUAUGCAGUUCGGAAGAGAAUUGUUGAUUAUUCCUCAGAUUGAUCGGCCCGAAGCUGUAGAUGAUAUUGACGGGAUCCUGUCUGUCCCGGAGUCGAUGCCGCCCUUGUCCAUCCGCAUGCUCUCGGCGGUGGUGCGCAGGGUAUUCUUUCUGCCGGGGGCUCCCAGCACCGGGCAUUGGGCGUUGUUGGCUGGGAGGGUGCCGUCGAGCGGGUGGUGCGGUCCAGCCAUCGGUUCGGCGUGCCUCUUGGUGUCGAGGGCGUCGAUAGCAAUGGUGAAGCUAGAAUGCGCAUGCAGCAGGGAUUCCAAAUGGUUGCUGUUGCCAACGACAUUGACAUCUUGGCCGCUGGGGCUUCUGACCAGCUUCGUCUGGCGCGCGCCAUAUGAAUACAUUUAUAAUGUGUUGGUGUUUUAUAUUAUUGAGUAUCAUUUAAUUUCUUGGCUCAAUCCGCUGAUACAAUACGGCAUAGUAAAAAACAAUUGAACCAAGUGACGCAUUGCUGGUGUAGGCAUGCAUUAUAUGCUGCCAAAUGUUAAAAAAGGGGGCGGUUUGUAACGAUGAUCAGCGUGCAGGCGCGAUAUGAUGUCAGAUGUCAGAUGCCUUCAGUGUGCAAAUUGUUUCUGCCUUCCAAUUUGGUAAAAGCUGCACAAAAUCAUUUUUUCUGAUAACAGCGAGGUAUUAAAAAAGGACGAAACUAGCUCAGACCAACUACAUGUCAUGUCUGAGAAGUAGCAUUUAUCAAAUGCGAGCAAAAAGAAGAAAAAAGAAAAGAAAAAGAAGGGAUCGGUUGGCUGACAUGAGUGGGUGGGUAAGCCAGCAAAUUGGGCGGUGACUAAAUAGC